CGGAAGAAGAUUUUUGUUUUCAUCUUUUCCCAUAAUGCUUAGCAAUAAAAAAAUAUAUUAAGAAAGCUAGUGUGUAUUUUCAAAGUAUUGGACAACAGUCUACCUUAAAUUACAUGUACAGUCAUUGGCAAAACAUAACUAAAAGUGUCUACUUUCCUUCACAUGUUGUAUCACAACAAUUUGAGAUAAACAAAAUGUACCGAAGAAUGUUAAGGCUAUGUGAACCCAGUGGCCUGUGUGGACCAUGUCUCUGAUCCUGUUUGCACUGGUGGUGCGGGUCAGGGAUGGUCUGCCUCUCUCAGCCUCCACUGACUUCCAACACAACCCAGAGCUGCAGGAGAGGAAGCAGCAGCUACGGACCAUCUCCAAGGCCCUUAGCCUGUUCCCCGACAGAGGGGCGGUCAAGGGCCAUGACCUCAAUAUAUAUUUCCUCUCCAGUGAGGGUGUAUCCUACAUGAGCGUCUGUGACGCCAGCCUCCCUGCAGCCAUGGCUUUCUGUUUUCUAGAGGACCUGCGCUGGGAGUUCACAGCUCAUAUGGACAACGCCAAGGUUGCCCUGGCAGCCAGGCCAUACCCCUUUCUGGAGUUCGACAACAGCCUAGCCUGGCUGCAGCAGCAGUAUAACCAGAGGGGUGGUCCAGCGCUGGAGGUCACUCUGACCGAGGUACAGGAGGAUCUGAAAACACGCCCUUUGCAGAUCCUCACCCUGGAGGAGGUGGAGCUUACCAACGGGUCAGCCAAUGGCCACGCGGAACAACUUUCUGAAUCCGGUCAGAACCAGAGGUUGCAGCCAGUGACCGCCCCAGGAAUCCUCUCACUGGUCCUCAACAUCAUGUGUUCUUCUCUGAACCUCAUCAGGGGAGUUCACCUCAUAGAGAAUACCUUCCAGGAUGAUUAUGAAGGAAUCUGGAAUGUGCUGGCCUUCCUGUUGGCGUUCCUGUGCUGUGUUGGUCAGUGUCACCUGUACCUGUUCCACUCUUCUCUGAAGAGUGUCAAGUCCCUGGUACUGCUGAGUGUGGUCGUGGUCUGUAACUGCUUCCUGUUUGGUCUGAGGAAUGUCUGGCAGCUGCUGUUCCACCUGGCGGUGGCCGUCCUCGUCACCCUCCUCACCCUCAACAGGAAACUACACGACAGAACCAAUGACUGCGGGGUCUGAGGGAGAGGGGGGGGGGGCCAUUUAGUGCGUAGCACCACCACAGUAGGCUACGUACAGGCCGGUAGGGCAGGAAGAGGAUCCAUCCCAGACAGAACCAAUGACUGCGGGGUCUGAGGGAGGGGGGGGGACCAUUUAGUGCGUAGCACCACCACAGUAGGCUACGUACAGGCCGGUAGGGCAGGAAGAGGAUCCAUCCCAGACAGAACCAAUGACUGCGGGGUCUGAGGGAGGGGGGACCAUUUAGUGCGUAGCACCACCACAGUAGGCUACGUACAGGCCGGUAGGGCAGGAAGAGGAUCCAUCCCAGACAGAACCAAUGACUGCGGGGUCUGAGGGAGGGGGGGGACCAUUUAGUGCGUAGCACCACCACAGUAGGCUACGUACAGGCCGGUAGGGCAGGAAGAGGAUCCAUCCCAGACAGACGUCUCCUAUCAUGUCCAGUGGGAUAAAACAUUGUUUUGUUUGUAUAAGGAUAAUUUGUUGCUUUAUUUCCAUGUUUAUUUGCACUGCGUUUACGUAGCGUCCCAGGCAGGUUUGAGGAGCGGUGGAGGACCUGACCACAGGGGAGAGAUGGUCCUCAAAUCGUCUUUUAGAAAUUAAUUCCAGAUGAAGACAAUUCGUUUUGAGCAAAUUACUUGAAUGAUAUGAAUUUGUAAUACAGACUGGCUAUUAAAGGGCAUCCGAUGUUAGACUACAGCCAGUCAGGCGGUAGGUCUACGUUUGACGAUGGUUAAUUGAGAUUAGAUCGUCGGUGACGUGAAAAACACUCGCUGUCCAAUCCAGACCACUGCCGUACCUCAGUAAGUGAUAAUCAACAAUCAGUCUGAUUUCUCCAGGGUCUAAAUGCAGCUAGCCUCACUAGAAUAGGAAAUGUACUAUGCUUUCAAUUCAAUUAGCUUUUUUGCUUUAUUUUAAUUUUUUAUUUUUUUUUGCAUCUGUUGAAUUGACGAAUCAAAAUGUCUCACCAAAGUAUUUUCUGUUGUUUAUGCAGAAAGCUUCCCUCUAGUUUUAUAACCACAACACCAGGUGAUAUUCCUCUUCAUGGUCGUCAGUAUUGAGGAGUUAAUAUAUCUUUUUUUAGAUCAUGGUUUUAUAGUUUACAGGGCUAAGUAAGGUAUUGUAUUAUUAGCAAUAUAACAUAUCUAAUUUGUUGUUCAAGAAGGCUGUCGGUAAUACUACUGUUGGUGAUACUAUGUUGUUUGGUAACAAUGUGGUUGUAGUUUCAUAUGGAAAUCACAAGUUAAAAUUAAUACAGAAACUUUUAUAUUGUGUAGUUAAAAUAGAUUUUGUAACACUGUAAUAAUGUAGUGACAGUGUAUGUUGCAUUUCGUUAUCCUAAAACGAUCGAUCGAUCGAUUGAUGCUUUUGGGGCUCCCGAGUGGCUCAGCAGUCUAAGGCACUGCAUCUCAGUGCAAGAGGCGUCACUACAGACCCUGGUUUGAAUCCAGGCUGUAUCACAACCGGCCGUGAUUGGGAGUCCCAUAGGGCGGCGCACAAUUGGCCCAGCGUCAUCCGGGUUUUGGCCGGGGUAGGCUGUCAUUGUAAAUAAGAAUUUGUUCUUAACUGACUUGCCUGGUUAAAUUAUAAAUAUAUAUAGAUGUGAUUUGGACACAUCUGUGAUAUUUCUCUAAGGGCCCUUUUCAUAUUUAAUAAUAAUAAUAAUUAAUUUCAGCAGAAUUUGAGCUGAAAAGACAUGAUUGGAAGAAACUAUUUAACCGCUUUUUCUAUGAUUGAGAGACAGUUUGAAUACAAAUUGUCAAAUUGAAGAUUCAUACCCGUUCUACUGAAAUUCACACAGAGCUCACAAAUGUUGGUGAUUAGAUGUGUAGAUAUUUGUGUUCCUCAAGCACCUGAGCACUGGUAAUGGAAUGUACAAUAGUUUUAGAUGCAAGACCAGUGAGUUUGCACUACGUUUGGCUUGUUUAGUGUUAACUACUGAACUGAUCUUGUUCAGGGAACAAUGUGGGGGUUGCAGGAAGACCCCCCCCAGGUUAAGCUGCUGUAACUGACAGACCAAUAUGUUGAAUUUAUUUAGUUUUUAAUUGUAAUUUUUGUUCUGUGUAUUGAUGGCUGCUUUAAUGUCAAGAAGUCAUUUACAGUUUCCUUAAAUUGUUAAUUGAAGUGGGGGAGAGAGGGCGUGUUAACGUUUCAGUCUACCAAGGGGUAACAUUCAGGACCUCCUUUUCAAAAUGUUGGGUGUGUCUUUUUUAUAAUGGAAAUUGACUAGAGAUGCCUGUAUUAACACAUGGUUUACCUAUUGUGUGGUUUGUAAUUUCUAAAGUAAAAUAAACCGCUGUCUGAAAGGUGCAGUAAUCCGAAUCAAA